CCCUCUAUCCUCGCUUCUCCUCAGUCCUCUCUACUGACACCAUGGGUUGCUGUGGGUGUGGUGGCUGCGGUGGUGGCUGUGGUGGCUGCAGUGGUGGCUGUGGUGGUGGCUGUGGUGGUGGCUGCGGUGGUGGCUGUGGUGGUGGCUGUGGUGGUGGCUGUGGCAGCUGCACCACCUGCAGGUGCUACCGGGUGGGCUGCUGCUCCAGCUGCUGCCCCUGCUGCCGUGGCUGCUGUGGAGGCUGCUGCAGCACUCCCGUGAUCUGCUGCUGCCGCCGUACCUGCAGCUCGUGUGGCUGUGGCUAUGGGAAGGGCUGUUGCCAGCAGAAGGGAUGCUGUCAGCGGAAGUGCUGCUGCCAGAAGCAAUGCUGCUGCCAGAAGCAAUGCUGCUGCUAGGUGGGAACCCAGCCUCUGGGCAGGGGCUGCAGGCACUCACGCUGUUGGUAAGACUGCGGGUCUGCAGGUGCCGCAGGGAGGCAGCUUGCUCCCCUUGCUGUGGCUUUCCUCCAUCCCAUCCUGUGUGCUCCCUGCUGUCUCCCUGUCACCUGGACUUCAUGGCACUUUUCUGCUUGGUUCUCAUCUCUGUAGUUUAAGUAAUUCUUCCUAUUAUUAAGGUAGUCACAUGGGCAACUGGUACAAUGUCAUUCAAGCACAAAGAUGCAGGACAUUUUGAGUUUUGAGCUCAGCAAAGCAGGAUCAUGAUUUUGACCGUGCUUUCUUCUUUGAACUCUUUUCUCUCUAGGCAUUAGGUCUUCUUGUGUGUUCCACAUAUGCUCUGUCUUUUCUGUGGCCAUAGAGUCUUUUCUAGGUGUUCUCCUAAAAUUUUCUUUUUUUGUUUUACUAAUUCAUGGUCUUUAUUUUAGUGCUAUAAUUUUGAUUAUAUCACCAAAAAAUCUUUUUUUCCCUUUGGUAGUAACCCAUCUAUAUUUUUUUACUUGAAAAAAUUGAUACAUAAUAGAUGUAGAUAUUUGGAGGGAUACAUGUGAUAUUUUAACAAAUUUACAUAAUGUGUAAUAAUCAUAUCAGGGUAAUUGGGAUAUUAAUCACCUUAAAUCUUUUUCUUUUAUGCUGGGAACAUUCAAAUUAUUCUCUAUUAACUGUUUUGAAAUGGGUAAUAGAUUAUUGUUUACUAUAGUCACUCUACUGACUUAUUGAGCACCAGGUAUUGUUCUUUUAACUGUAUUUUUGUACUCAUUAAUCAACCAUUCUUCAUGAAAAAUUUCAUA